AUGGUUGAUACGUUUUCCUCUAUCCCCAUCGUGGACUUUAGUCGUCUUCAGGAUCCGCUGACUAAAGCGGAAGCCUUGGAGCAAUUGCGGAAUGCCAUCUUCCGGGUUGGAUUCUUGUACUUGAUCAAUCAUGGACUAGAGCCACUUGUAGAAAGAACGCACGCGAAGCUUCCAGAGCUGUUCGCUCUGCCCACUGAGGUCAAGGAACGAUGUAAUAUGAUCAAUUCGCCCGCGUUUGUCGGGUAUACUCGUCUCGGAGCCGAGACCACAGCAUCUAAGACGGAUUUGCGAGAGCAAUUCGACUUCGGUACGCCGGGUAUGAAACCCUGGACUGAGAAUGAUCCCUUCUGGCAGCGACUCGAAGGGGACAGCCAGUAUCCGGACCAUCCUGGGGCCAAAGAACUGGUCGAAGAUUACAUCGCAGAGUCCGCGAAGCUAUCGCAGGAAUUCAUGCGAUAUGUUUCAGAAUGUCUUUCCCUACCCCCAACAACCUUCGAGUCAUUCAAGGGCAAAAUGGACCGCCUGAAGUUUGUCAGGUAUCCUCAAGCUGCGCCCGGCUCACAAGGAGUAGGUCCGCACAAGGACUCCACAGGUUUAUUCACUUUCCUCUCGCAAGACGACACGGGCGGACUCCAGGUCCUGAACAAGAACGGCGAGUGGAUCGAUGCCCCUCCCAUUGAGGGCAGUCUGGUCGUGAAUAUCCAACAGGGAUUCGAGGCAAUUACCGGCGGGAUCUGCACUGCGACGACCCAUCGGGUGAUUGGUGUUGUGGUGAUGCCCACUGAGACUGACGAUGUUCGCACUGCACUUCUCUGGGCUCAAGAUCAUAAUAUCGACCUUGCCGUCAAGGGAGGUGGUCAUUCCGUCGCGGGAACGAGUUCUAGCGACGGCGGAUUGGUGAUCGAUCUGUCGCGCAUGAACAAAGUCACCGCGGACACGGAGAAGAAAACGCUGACCGUCCAAGGUGGCGCCGUGUGGAAGGACGUCGAUGAAGCGGGCGCAGAGCACGGACUCGCUGCCGUCGGCGGUACAGUCAACCACACCGGCGUCGGUGGAUUGACACUCGGUGGAGGAUACGGCUGGCUGAGCGGUCAGUACGGACUCACCAUCGACAACCUCCUGGCUGCGACGGUGGUGCUCGCAGACGGCCAAGUCGUCACAGCCUCUGCGACCGAGAACUCAGACCUCUUCUGGGGUCUGCGGGGAGCAGGAUACAAUUUCGGGGUGGUUGUCGACUUCACCUUUCAGGCUUAUGAACAGAAGACACCCGUCUAUGCGGGGAUUAUUGCCUUCACACCAGACAAACUCGAGUCAGUCAUCGAGCAGAUGAACGUGCUCUUUGAAAACCCCGACCCUCGAUCCGGUGCGAUGAUCAUCCUUGCCCAGCCCCCGGGCGCCCCUACCAUCAUGGUCAACGUCCUGGUCUUCUAUAACGGUACCAACGAAGAAGGCUCAAAACGUUACGCCGGCUUCCUUGCUCUCGAGCCCGUGGCCAACAUGAUCGAAGUCAUCCCUUACUCCUUGCUGAACUCCCUCCAGAACCCGAUGGCCACUUACGGCGACCGCAAGUCCUUCAAGGGUCUUUUCUAUCGCACACCCAUGGACGCCCAAUUCCUGCGUUCCAUGCUUGACGAACUAAACGCUAAGGCUCAAGAGCACCCCGAUAUGAUCCCGGCUAUGCUGCUUGAGUGCUACGAUAUGAGGAAGACCUGCAGCGUGCCGCUGGAUGCGACCGCGUUCGCGAAUCGGAGUCUUACGCAGAACGGACUGCUCAACCUGCGCUGGACGGAUCAGUCCAAGGACGCCGAAUAUCGGGCCUGGGCGCGCGAAAUUCAAGCUAAAUUCAAGGCGCAGUUUGAGACCCAGCUUAACGGAGAGGAGACGGCCGAUGUACCGCAGUAUAUCAACUACGCAGAGCCCGGAGACUCGGUCGUGAACAACAUCUACGGAAGUAAUCGGGAGCGCCUGAAGGAAGUCAAGGCGAAAUACGACCCGAAGAAUGUCUUCCAUAAGAUGCAUCCCGUUUCCCGUGCUUAG